UGCCCCUGGAUCCCUGGCAGCGCCCCAGGGACCGGUGAAGGUGUCCCUGCCCGGGCAGGGUGGCGGGCUCCCCGCAUCCCCUCACGCACCGCCAUUCCGCCCUUCCCCACAGCCCCGCUCCCGGCGCCUCCCGCUCCUCCUCUUCCUCCUCCCGUCCCUCCUCCUCUUCCCGUCCGUCAUCGCCGUGCGCGGGGCCGGGGCCGGAGCCUUUCCCGGAGCCGGGGCCGGGCCAUGACCCGCUGGGCCCGGCGGAGCGCCCCGCCCGGGGCCCGGGCUCUGCCCGCCACCCCCUGGGAGCAGCUGGCGCCGAGCGGGCCGGAGCCGCCGCGGGCAGCCAGGAGCGGGAGGAGGAAGAAGAAGAAGGAGUACGAGAACCAGGACGUGAACGGGUUCGCGGCACACCGCGGGGAGGAGGAGGAGGAGGAGGAGGCGCGGAGGAAGGACAGGCGGCGGGAGAGCAGGAGGCUGAGGAGGCAGGAGAGGAAGAAGAACGCCAUGGUGUGUUUCCACUGCAGAGAACCUGGCCACGGCGUGGCUGAUUGUCCUGCAGUGCUGGAGAGCCAAGACAUGGGGACAGGGAUUUGCUACCGCUGCGGAUCCACGGAGCACGACCUCAGCAAAUGCAGAGCCAAGGUGGAUCCAGCUGCUGGGCCAUUUCCAUAUGCAAAGUGUUUCAUCUGUGGUGAGAUGGGGCAUCUGUCAAGGUCGUGUCCGGAUAAUCCCAAGGGGUUGUAUGCUGAAGGUGGGGGCUGCAAACUCUGUGGCUCUGUGGAGCACUUCAAAAAAGACUGCCCGGAGAAGCAGAACGCAGGUGACAGUGGGGCGCUGGACCCCCGGCCUGAGCGCGGACCACGAGGACGUCGCGGCCGCGCCGGCGCCGCAGAGAGCGCAGCCCAAGCGACCCAAGGUCGUCACUUUCUGAAAGCUCCUGGCUCUCAAACUCUGCUCCUGCGCCCGAGUGCUGACGACAGAGAGCGGAUCCAGAAAAUCAAGCAAGCUGCAGAGGAACUGUUGGUUUUCCGUCUCCCCUCAUUUUCCCGGUUUGCCUCCCAAACUUGCCUGGCUCACUGUGAAGCUGGCAACAAAGGGAGCACGGCAAGUGGCUGUUUCAUUAAAGGAAUUGCGGGUGUUUUCUAAAGGUUCUUGCUGGAUUCUGGUUUGGUUUUGCCUUUUCCUUUUAGGAAUAAUGAACUUAUUCCUCCAUAUGUUCUGUCUUGUGGUGUAGGUACAGAUCAGCCCUGUGGGCUGCCGAGCUUGGGGUGCAGUUCCUGAUGGUUGUAGUUGCUAUUGUCAGCCAUUAACCUGGUUGGUCAUACACCAAUUUGGGUCAUUUCAGUGUGUUCACUGACAGAAUCCAGCCUUUCCUCUGAAACCUGUGCUGAAACACACCCCGAAGGAAUUGGAGAGCAAGUGAGAAACUUUCUUAGUUUAUUUACUUCUUUUUUGAAGAAAAUGCUCAAAAAUCUGCACUGUUUACAUGCCUUGGUGAGCUGGGAGUAAACUUUUAUUUGUAAAAAAAAAAAAAAAACAACAAAAAAACCCCAAAAAACCCACCAAAAAAACCCCAAAAAAAACCCCAAAAAAACCACCCAGUGGAUACUAAACAGAAAAAUUAAGAAACCCAAGUCCAAACAGAGUUCCUGCAUCCACCAGUAUUACUGGAGAAGUGCAUCCCUGAGCUCCCCUCACAUACUUUUUUUUGCAGCCAAAAACAAAUGCGGGGAAUUAAAUUGUGUGGAGAUACUUUAUAUUUGUACAGGUGAUUAUUUUUAAUAAAAUGUUGCUAAAAAAUACA